UCGUACACAGAGACAGUGUUUAUAGCCGUGUGCGCGUGCGCACUUGUUUGUGUGUGAGUGCGCGAGUGAGUGCGCGCGCGUGUGACAAUAAUAUUAUUGCCGUAGUGCCGUGACAGUGUGUGAAUGCGCGCGCAUCGGUCGUCACCGUAGUGUCCGUUCGGUGCACGUUUUUUUUUUUUUUUAUAUAUAUUAACAGAAUUAAACAAGAUAAAUUCAAAGUCAAGAUUUUUACGUUUUUCCGAUCAUUUUCACUGCCCAUCGUCAGCCGUAUCCGACGAGCGUCAAAAAACAUUGUGUGAAAUCCCCCAGUUAACUGUAGACCCUUAUCUCGUUGGCGCGACCACGAUAUAGUGAUCCGGAGCAGACGCGUAGUGUAGUUUCGUUCAGUGGCGGCAAGCGAAGACGACCAAAACGACGGCCUCGUCCCAGACCAUUCGGAGUGGCGUACGUCGAUGCAGUGAAGACCGUGUCUGUCCGGACGACUCGCUGGUGGAGAAGUUGCUACAACUGCAGGAGUCCGCGGAACGCUGGUGGUACCAGAAGUCUCGACGUCAGCGUCCGUCCGACGCCGUCAUCGUCCCUUCGGCUUUGGAGGUGGUGAACAAGAGAUAGUCGGUCCGAUGUGCCUCCAUGGCGACCGCCACCACGUCCGCCGUCAUCGUUCUGGUCCUGUUGCUGCACUUGUCAACGAUCGGCAGUGUCGCACGAGCGGACAUGACGACCGACAUUGGACCAGACUCAACUUGGAUCACCGAUCCACCAGAUGGCAUUGCGGUCCGCAGUAAGCCUUACACGUUACAAUGUCAUUCAUCCCUGCCGAAUGCUACGUAUUUAUGGAUGUAUAAUAAUCGCACCUUGGAUCUAGUCAACGACUCGCACCGUCAGAUUCUUCCCAACGGCUCUCUGUUUUUCAAAACCGUGAAGAACAAAAAAGGGGGCGAUGCGGGAUCCUAUAGAUGUAUAGUACAAACGCCCCUCGGUGCAGUUUCCUCAAAAACAGUUACAUUGCUCACUGCAGUUAUUUAUGACUUUGAUGUACAACCUUCCAAUGUAACAGUUAGUUCAGAAGCUAGUCGUUCUGUUAUUCGAUUUAACUGCCAUGUGAAUUCUGUUCCUUUAGCUACUAUAACGUGGCAAAAAAAUGGAGUUGUCUUKUCCAGUAACAAUAAAAAGUUUGUAACUAAAGUUCCUGGUGUACUAUAUAUUAAACAAGUUAACGAGAAUGAUGCUGGAGAGUAUAGAUGUGUGGGAAAAAACCAUCUAUUGAACAAAACAAAAUACAGUGAAAUUGGUCAUUUGACCGUCAACAAGAUAAACACUAAAGGAUAUUCUGGAUCACAAUCUAAUAUCCAAAAAUUAGCAUUCAUUCCUCCAAAUGUCUUGAACCUGAAUGUUAAGUAUGUGACUGAAGGUGAAAAUGUGACAUUUGAAUGUGCUGCUUCUGGUGUUCCGGCUCCUCAGUUAUACUGGUCAUUUAUAAACUCUACAGGACACCAACACAAUACUAUGCUUAGUGAUGAAGGAACUUCUGUCAAUAUAUUAAGUUUGACUAAAGUAAGUUCUAAGGAUUCAGGAACAUAUACAUGUCAUGCAUUACAAUCUGUAACAGGAUGGCCAGAUUUGCCACAUUCUCAAUAUUUUCGAUUAGAAGUUAUGACACCUCCUUACAUCAGUAUUCCACCAGAAACACAAACUAUGCCUAUUGCAAAUACUAUUCGCUUUAGGUGUGUGGCUGAAGGUAAUCCCACUCCUAACAUAACAUGGUAUCACAAUGGUCAACGUUUGAAGUUAAAUGGUCGUAUAAAGGCCAAGAGCAAACAACUUUUAUUAGUUAGUAAUACAGUAUCAAAUGACUCUGGUUUCUAUCAAUGUUUUGCCUCUAACCAAUAUGGGACUGUAUGGGCAGGAGCAAUGCUUAAUAUUAGCUCAUCCCCGUUUGAACCAGCACCGCCUAUUAAUAUCAGCUGCCGUACAUUAUCUCCUACUCAAAUUCAAGUAUCUUGGCGAAAGUCCCCUACUGAUAUCCCUGAUGAUCCACCUAUCCUUAUUCGCGAUGAUUCUACACAACUUGGUUCUUCUCACGGUGGUGUGCUAUCAUCAUCAUCUGAUACUGUGUCUACAGAUAUUGCAAAUAAAGUAUCCAGGGCAUAUUCUAUACAUUACAUGCCUACAGAUGGUGGAGAAGAAACUCAACAAGUUAGUGUAAACCAUUCUAUUAUUGUAGAAAAAUUGAAACCAUACAAAAACUACACUUUUUAUGUACGAGUCUACAAUGGCAAAUCUGGAUCUGAUCAAUCUGAAAAAGUUACUUGUAAAACUCAAGAUGGAGCACCACAAACAGUUCCAGAAUUAACAGUUACUCCUCUUAGCCCAAUAUCAUUACAUGUAGAAUGGGCUGCAAUUAACAUAAAUUUGGUUAGUGGGGCUGUUACUCAUUAUCAAGUUAUGUGGAAACGAUUACAUAGUUCUUCUAAUUACAUACAUUUGUUGUACAAUGAUGCCAGACAAUACACAAUAACAGGACUCAAACCAGGAGAACAAUAUGAAGUGCAAGUAUUAGGUGCAACACAAAAUGGUUUACCCAACAUUGAUUUUUCAUGGCAUUUAGUUGAGUUACCCAAUAUUAAUCCUAUCUUGCCUAUACCUAUUUUAAGAUUUAGCAUUGACCAAUCAAUUAUAAAGCUUUUUUGGUUUGUCAAUGAUCAAUCAAUUAAAUUUGACUCGUAUAAACUAAUGUAUCGAAUUACAAGCCAAACAAACCAAUCAGUGAUGUCACUGCACACACUCAGACCAGACACAAACAAUCAUAUGAUACAUUAUACAAGUGAUUUGGAUAUUUAUGAAGUAUUGUUAAAUUGUAUAUCCGAAAGUGGUGAAGGAGAAUCAAUAUCUAAAACUAUAGCAGUAGCAUCGGAUAUAUUGUCACCGCCAUCUCAGAUCGAAGCUGUUGCUACGUCACUCCAGACGUUGAAUUUGUCAUGGGUUCCUUCAGAUUCUGUUGAUCCAUUGUCUUUGAUGUUUAUUAUUACCUAUAAUCCAGUAUCUAAUUUUUCUCAGAAUUCCACUACUGUUUUCACUGAUAUGGGUGUAUAUUCAUUUGAAUUAUCAGGGCUUAAACCGUAUAGUUUAUAUGAAAUCAAGAUAGCAGUUCAAGAUCAAAAUAACAGAAAAAGCGAAUUUAGUCAAAAGAUACAGAUACGCACACUUCAAGGAGUUCCUGGUAUAGUAGAGCAAAUAGAAUUACAAUGGAUAAAUACUAGUACUGUUCGCAUAACUUGGGUAGAGCCAACAAAGUCAAAUGGUGUGAUUAUGGGUUAUUAUGUUUCAUAUACGUCUGAACUUCACAUACCACCUACAUCCUGGGAACAACUAAAUAUCUCUCGUCAUAAAAAUUCAUUGGAUUUGUAUGGCUUAAGCAAUAACACUGAAUACUUCUUUAUGGUACGUGCUGCUACUGAUGCUGGAUUUGGUCCACAAAGUGGAAUAUUUUCCAUUACUCCAUUAACUACACUAAUUAACCCACCAGUUAAUUCAAAAUACCCCGCUGAUUCACCAGCGUUGUAUAUGGAAGAUCAGCAGCUAUUAGGUAUAGUCAUCGGUUGUGUGAUUGGAGUUUGUUGCAUACUAAUAUGUACUACAAGUAUUGUAUUGAAACGUCAAUGUGUGAAAGCUGAACGAGUACGAGAUACCCAUCAAAACUCAAUAGGUACUGAUGUGGCAUUCUGUGCCCAACAUCUACGACCAUUUACUAUUGAUCAUGAUCAACAUGAAGAGAGUGUUCCUUUAAAUGAUGUAAAUUACAUUACUCGGCACAUUGACGGAAGAAGUCGAUAUUCAAAUAACAUGUCUGGUAUGGCAUUGCCACUUCUUGACCAAAGUAAUCCAAGAGAUCAUGAUAUAACAAAUGUCCACAUCAUUGAAAACCCGCAGUGUACUGUUGAUGUUGAUGGUUAUGAUGUGGACAGUCUAUUAAGCGAAUCAGCUGAAGGUGGUGCGGGUACUGAAGAGUCUGGUUGCAGUGAUCAACUGGCUAAGAGCCAUAAAGGUGGUGGUGAUUCCAGUGUGGUUGAUGAUGGAUUUCACGAACAUGUUGUAAGCUAAUCAGAAUGUUCGUUGGUUGGUGUAUAGGUAAUGGUAUAAAUGAUGUGCCAAAGAAUAUUAAUAUUUUUUAUGUAUUCACUGAAAUUCACUAAAUUUGAUAUUAUUUUUUUAUACUUAAAUGAUGCAUAUUUUAACAAACAUCACCAUAAAUAAAAAAAAUCUGGUUUUUACUGACAUCACAUUACGCCUGUUAUAUCAAUAACAUAAAUUAUGUUGGAUUCAACCUGAAAAGUUUAUAUAAGCUACAUUAAUUAUUUAAACAUUUUUAUUAUUAUUUUUUUUUUUAUAUUGGGAAUGACUAUGUAUGACUACUCAAAACAAUUGUUUUGUGUCUUCUUCUUAUAUUAUUAUUAUUUAGUUCGCUAUUAUGUUUAACUUUUGAUGUGUAAUUUUAGAUUGAUUUUUUGAAAUUUUAAUCCCUUAAAUUUGAUGUAAUGUAUUUUAUAAAAUACCGCCUGCAGCUCUUACCACUUUAAAAUUAUUUUUUUCUUUAAGAAUCACAAAAAAGUGAGAUACUUACGUACAUUAUUAAAAUAUUGUUAAUAUAGUUGGUAAGUGUUUUCCUGAAUAUUAAAUCUAUUUUUAUUUUUUUUUAGAGUAUUUAGUUAUUAGGUUUCACUGAACCUCACAAAUAUAGUACAAAUAAUAUAUAUUUUUAAUGUUUAUUAUAUUUUGAGUUCUAUCAAUGAUUUUGGUAUCAAAUAAUUAUUACUAUUCUUGCAUAUUUUUCUGUUAAAUUUUUCUGCAUAAUUUAAGCUAUUCAUACACACUGAGUUCAUCACUUUAAUUACAAGCCAAUAGCUUGCCAAACACUUUGAUUACAUUAAUGUUUACUAGUAUAUUUUAGAAUAUAAAGCGGAACAUUGUUCAUAAUAAUAAUAAUAAUAAUAAUGUUAUUACUAUAAUCAUAAAUUAUAAAAGUUAAGUGAACAAAAUUAAUUUCUUACAUUACAAAAGUUAAACGUAAUUUAGCAGUUUUGCUGGUAUAUUUUAUAUUAUAAUUAAUGUUUAAUUUUUUUUGGUUUAAUUGUUUAUGUAUAUAUAUAUUAUAUAUGUAGUUCCUAUUCCCCUAAAUACUUUAAAUUUUGAACAAGAGAAAUACUUAUAAUGGAACGUUUUCUUUAGAGAUGUAAUAAGGGAUCUCAAAUGGCGCUUACAAUUGAAAAAGUUCUUUUAUGUAUUGUAUUAACCUUACACAUACAAGUCAAUUACAUUAUCAUAGAUAUUCAUUCCUUUAACACAUUCCAAACAGGUUGUGAUUAAUUUUUCUUGUUUUAUAUAUAUAUAAAUAUAUGUAUGUAUGCAUAA